AUGGUACAAGGAGCAUGGUACAGAGUUUCUCGUUUUGACUUAUGUCGAGCGAAGAAUACAUCCCAAUCACCUAUCAGAAGGCUCAGUCCACAUAGCAUACAGAUAAGCGACGACGAGGAAUUUCAACAGCAUCGGCAUAAAGCGCAACCUCAGUCAGACAAUGACGUCGAACACAUGGAGCACAUCGAAACAGAAGAAGUGCACGAAGUUGUACCGGACCAGGUGAGCGUGCACCGCGAGGAGACCGAAGUCGUCCAGCACGAACCUGAAUCGGCUACCGGUGUUGAAAACGUCGUCACUGCAGAGGUUCAAGGUGAUCUGCUUGAAGCCGUGUUCUCAGCGUUACCAUCGCUUACACCGGUUGAAACCAAUAUGGUCUCAGCAGAGCCGGAGCUUCUGUCAAAAACUGUCGAGCUGCCGCUCCAGCAGAUCACCAAGGCCCGUCCACCGUCUCGCACUAACUCCACGCAUUCAUCUCACGAAAGCGCCGUUGAUGUGCAACAGCAUGUAUGUGACUUGGUUUUCGGGAUUGGUUUCUUUUUGUGCUACUCAAAUGCAGAUGGUACGAUAAAUUGA